AUGUACGGCGAACUUCCCGAUGUCAAUCAGCAGGAUCAAAUUAUCCGCAAAGGCAACAGCAAGUUUCCCGGUUUUGAGGAUCUCUUCUACAAGUACGGCGUUGACAUUCAGCUGUACGGGCACAUUCACAACUACGAGCGAAUAUGGCCCAUCUACAACAACACCGUCUACAAUGGCAGUCUCUCGGAACCGUACCGCAAUCCAAAGGCGCCGGUGCACAUUACCACUGGCUCUGCCGGCUGCCCAGAGCACCUGACGCCCAAGCUAAAGAAGCGACCGCCGUACAGUGCUUUGGUCAUUUCAGACUAUGGUUUCAUGCGAAUGAAGAUUCUCAACAGCACGCACGUGCACUUUCAACAGACAGCUGAAACCAAGAACUGGGAAGUCGCUGACGAGUUUUACGUCGUCAAGGAGAAACAUGGUCCAGAGGCGUGG